AUGUGCGCGUGCUUUAUUGACUACUCGUUCGAGCACGACGGAGCACCGAUUCACUUCUCGAUCACUUCGCACAUCGACAAAGAUCUCGUCAACUUCAACUCGACUGGCCGAAUCGCCCAAGUCAUCGAAGUGAUCCUGCCGCCCGAGCUGCUCUCCAGCCAGCUAUCAGAGCAGCAACGCGUCGAAUACGAUAUCAAAAGCCUUCUCGGAAACGCUGAAUUGGUACUGGAAAGUCUAAAUUUUGAGUUUGACGGUUUUAUUUUGAAAAUGAAUGUUCAGCCUGGAGUCGAGCUAUUCAUCCGUCGAUUCGUCACUCAUUUCGCUCGGAAAAACACGAGAAAAAGUGCUCUUUUCGUUCUUGGUGAGAAUAUUUGCUAG